AAGCAGUUCGAAAGGUGGCAACAAGAAGGUGGAUAUGGUCGCUUUGACACAUAUGAUAUCAAUUUGCGCUAAAGGAGACAGCCCUGAGUACGAUACUGCGAUAGAGCUGUUCGAAAAUGCAAGGAGGAAGACAGCUCCAGCCGCGCCUGGCGAGCGUGCUGUUGAGGCAGAUCUGGGCUGCGUGGAUGGAAUGGUAUCUAAGCCACCUUCAGCUUCACCCACAGCACACACACAGCGCUUAGAUCUUCCCGCUUUCCAAGCUAUGCUCACUGUAUGCCACCGCGCAGGGAAAUGGCAAAAAGCCUUAGAUAUUUUGGACAUCAUGCGGAAGGAAAAAGUCGAUUUUUUCGAACUUAGCAAACGCGGAAAGACUCCCAAAAGUGGCCUUGCAUCCUGUUUUUUCACUUGUAUAAGCGCCUGUGAAGCAAAUGGACAGUAUGUGACGUCAGAAAAACUGUUCCAAGAGAUGUGGGCCAUGCGAUUGGUCUCUUUGAGAGCGGAUGGGAAUGGGAUGUGGGAGGAAAAAAGCAAGUCUAAGAAAGAUACGGAUAAAAAUUUGUCUCAUCGCUCUCUAGCAGGCGUUGCGGCAGAAAACGCUGGAGAAGGAGAGGACGACGAACCUGUUGGCCGUUUUACCUUUGGGAAGCCUGAGCCUGAUGUGAAGACUGAUGCUCAACAAGGGAUUUCCGAAAGUAGUUGCAAGCCAGAAGAGAAUAUGAAUAUCUUUAGUGCUUACGUUGCGGCGCGCGGUCGUUGUGACAAGGAUACUGAAACCGCUAGCCAAAUAACAUCCGAAAGAGGUUGGCUUGAAGCUGUUGAUGACGCUCUCUUAACAAAGAUACCAAAGAACGAACAUUUCGAUUGGGAAGACAUUAAUUUUUUGCAAGAACCAUGUGCACCUGCAACUACACAAGAAGCUCAUUCUCAUCAGGAAUAUGAAGCUGAUUGUUCUGCUCCGACAUCAAGAACCUCGGAGAUGAUAUCUUUAACCUCGAAAAGAACCGUCGACCUGCAUGGGUUACCAUCAGCAGCUGCGCGUGCGGCCGUCCGAGUAGUGCUGCAAAGGGAAUGUGCGAAGAUUAUAGCUUCGUCGUCGUCUAGCGCUAAAAGUGGAAUAAAUGAGGCCUGCAGCAGUGGGACCACGACUAGCAGUUCAAGUGAUACGGCCGAUGAAGAAACGCCUGCAAUAGUGCCAACAAGUAACCGCUCGAUCAUAUUCCUGACCGGAAGAGGUCAUCAUAGCAAAGUGGAGACGCCGAUGGGAAAUAGGUUACAAUGCGUUGUAGAGCGCAUGAUUAGAGAGGAAUUGGAGUUAGACUGCAGCCCCGUUCCUCAUAACAAUGGCGCUUUGAUGAUCACUGAAGACGCGCUCAGAAGAAGACGCGAGCUAAGUGAAAUGAGAAGGAAAAGCGAGUCAGAGAAGUAACUACUAGCUUUACAUGAAUCAUACGUAGC